AUGAAAGUACAAACUGCUUCUCAAUGCAGUUUCACCCCUACUACUUGCAGGCGACGUGUGGCAGUGAAAGUGGAGAAGUACAGCAAAUCGAUGUUGCACGUCGAGGCCAGCGUGCUACGUGCAGCGACGCGUCGGCACAGCGAGCACAUCUGUGAGCUCAUCGAUUACGGCACAGAGAAGCCGAAUUACAUAUUCAUAGUGAUGCCACUGUUGGGAAAGGAUCUUCACAAACUACGCAACGAGCAAAUUGAUCGGCGAUUCUCGCUCAAUACCGCCAUACAAGUGGGCCUGCAAACACUGAAAGCUAUCGAAGAAUUACAUUUGAGCCAUUUUAUAUCACGCGAUAUUAAGCCCGGUAACUUUAUGGUUGGCUUGCGCGAAUACCAACAACACAAAACGAUAUUUUUGAUCGAUUUUGGACUUGCAAAAAAAUAUGUCGACAAGAAUGGAAAUGUAAUACCGUCUCGUGGCGAAGUCGGCUGGCGUGGAACAACACGAUAUGGCUCGCUGAAGGCGCAUUUGAGGUUGGAUCUUGCAAGGAGAGACGAUCUGGAAUCAUGGUUUUAUCUAUUGGUCGAGAUUACGAGAGGAUCACUACCAUGGCGACAUGUUUCUGGUAUUACCUCGGCACUUUUAUGCGUUUUUUGCAGCUAUGCAAUGCGGGAAACGCAUGUUGACGAGAGGUUGUCUGUGUGUGUGUGUCGGUGCGUGCGUUGGGCCUCUGCACCGAUUUUUUAUCUCGAGAUUUACAGAGGCUACAGGAAUAAAAAUUUGGGGACAUAAUC